CGUUUCUAUGUUGGAUGUGUUUUUGUUUACUGUAGCUCUUGCUCUUAGAGGAUCUUUGGCUGAAGCCCAAUUCGCGUUGACGAGCGUAAGCUGCUGCCACCUCCAAAAGUUUACUGUAGGGGUGAAGCGAAAUAGGAAUUUCUUAAAGAGCGCAAGAGAUCGAAACAUUUUGGCAGAUUUUCACCCACACGUACAUACAGGCAUUUUUAUGAGAGUGCAAGAGAUCGUUUAAUGCCGUCAACGCGAAUAGAUAGACACCAGAAGAGGUGGUUUCUGACAUUCGCGCGUUGAAGUUUUUCGUUUUUUUGUGUGAGCAGUUGUGCACUUUUGCGUGUGUUGGUGUGUAGUGUGUGUGUAAUACUGUGCGCAUAGUGAGAAGUAAAGGUAUAAAAAAAACAAAGAUCGUACUUACCUGUUCUUUCCCAUUUAUCUACGACACGUUGUGUUCGGGAAAGAUCAGCGCGGGGCUUGGUCUCAACCUUUAAGGUGUGCGUGGAACGUUUCGAGUUGGCUUCUUGGUUUGCUUCUUGCUCGGUUUCCGUCGACAGUACACAUGUAAUUAUUUACCAUCCCUAGCGCUAGCGCUUAUAUGCGGUGGAUUUUAUAAGUGAAUGGAGAAGCGAGUCUUUUAGAAGAUUGAAGAGCUUUUAUUAAUUGCUUUUUUACGUGUGGGGUUUAUCGAGAAAAGAAGCCAAAUUUUGACCCAAGCCGGAGGUCGAAUGAAAUGACAUCAUGUGCUACGAGAAAGGUACCAGGGUUUGGGCCCUAAGGAUUGGCGAAAUUAUGGUGUAAUCUAUCGGUACUUCAGAGUUGUGGAAAGCAAAUAAACAACUUGAGAUUUGUUAGAAGACGUGCGAUAGCAAAGCAAGAGUGUCAGCAACAGGUGAUCCCCCCGUUAGUGGCUUUUAUUUGUGAAACACACGAGAAAGCGAAAGAGUGGCCAACGUGAACGUAGCAACGGAACGGGUCGAAAACUGAUUUGAAUGAUGUGCAAAGCAAAAACCUGAUUUUCAUUCAUAAAGAGAUAUCGAAUCGCAGCGGAGAUUUGCGAGAUACCAACAGCAGCACUAAACAGAUCGUGGCUGUAACUCCGUCAGUGGACCCCUGGCGUGUGUUCUCUAUAGAGGCCGUUGGAAAUGUGGAAUUGAGAAUGAAUCCGCAGAAAAACACCAACGACCGAGUGGUACAUUUCUAUUAUACAAUGUAUUUAGAGCUCACGGCUAAUUAGUAAUUCAAUUGCGGAAUUUGUGGGAGAGAGGAAAGACGAGAUAAAACGAGCUCGAAAAAGACCCAUACUAGUGCCACUUUUUGUGGUCGAACAUUACGUAGAAGGAGACGAGUUUUGGGUCGGACUUUCUGAGAAGAUUAAUUAAUGCGUGACCGCCACAAAAAUUCCUACACCAGACCAGCUCGUCAGUCGAAGUAGCGGCAAAGCAAAAGUUAAAACGGCAAACCCGAAGAAACAAUAUUUUGUGCGUUGUGAGCCGGUGUGGUUCCUUUUGGUGACUUCGGCUGGUAGCGUAGAGCGCCAGUGCAGACUAUAGACGGGUGGUUUGUGAACCGUGAAAUGGAAAACGAAGUGGAGCUCGUGCUCUUGAAAUUUUGAUUGUUUUAUAUUGUAUCCCAUUAAGACGGAUCUGCCUCUUAGAGAAGGGUAAGCUUACUGCCGUGAGCGACAAUUAUCAAGAUCUAUGUGCAAACACAAUACCCUGGCGGCAGCGGCGGUUUAGUGCGUACCUUCUAGCUUAGUGACAACCGAGACCCAUCGAAGAAGGCGGCACGAAGAAGAAAAAUUAAAAAAAAAACGGAAUCAGUCGCUGGUGGGUGUUUUGUUGGUAGUGCUUAAGUGUUGAAGUGCCCUCGGAAAAUGCGGGACAAGAUGCAGCGGGCGAAUAGCAGACUGUUUGCGGUUUUGCUGCUCAUUGCGGUCCAACUGGUUGUCCAGGGAAGCUGCUAUCUGAAGGAUAACGCCUACAAACAGGAGGAUAACGAAAUGAGAGUAUGCAUCGGAACCAACGGCCGGAUGUCGGUUCCGUCGAACCGCGAAUACCACUACAAGAACCUGCGCGAUCGGUACACCAACUGUACCUACGUGGACGGUAACCUGGAGAUUACCUGGAUUCAGAACACGUCGUACGAUCUCGGCUUCCUGCAGCACAUCCGUGAGGUGACCGGGUACGUGCUGAUCAGCCACGUGGACAUUCCGCAGGUUAUUUUGCCACGGUUGCAGAUCAUCCGCGGGCGGACGACGUUCAAGUUAAACAAGUGGGAAGACGAGUUCGGGCUGUUUGUAUCCUUCUCGCAGAUGAAUACGCUGGAGAUGCCCGCUUUGCGGGAUAUAUUGAGCGGAUCGGCCGGGGUUUUCAAUAACUACAAUCUGUGCCACGUGAAGACGAUCAACUGGGAGGAGGUUCUAUCCGAACCUAAAGCACACUACCGAUACACAUACAACUUCACCUCGCCCGAACGGGACUGUCCACCGUGUCACCAUAGCUGCGAAGCGGGCUGCUGGGGUGAAGGUGCACACAACUGUCAAAAGUUCAGCAAACUGAACUGUUCUCCUCAGUGCUCCCAGGGGCGCUGCUUCGGUUCCAAGCCGCGCGAAUGUUGUCACCUGUUCUGCGCCGGAGGCUGCACCGGUCCUACACAAAAAGACUGCUUAGCUUGUAAGAAUUUCUACGACGAUGGCGUGUGCAAGCAGGAGUGUCCACCCAUGCAAAGAUACAAUCCAACCAACUAUCUCUGGGAACCAAAUCCAGGAGGUAAGUACGCCUACGGCGCAACGUGCGUCCGCAACUGCCCUGAGCACCUGCUGAAGGACAACGGAGCAUGCGUGCGAACGUGUCCACCGAACAAGAUGGCCCAGAACGGAGAAUGCGUCCCGUGUAACGGAGCCUGUCCGAAAACGUGCCAGGGCGAGGGUAUCGUCAACUCAGGAAACAUCGACAAAUACAAAGACUGCACAAUCAUCGAGGGUUCGCUGGAGAUUCUGGACCAGACGUUCGACGGCUAUCAGCAGGUGUUUUCGAACUUUUCGUUCGGACCGCGCUACAUCAAGAUUCACCCGGAUCGGCUGGAGGUGUUUUCCACGCUGAAGGAAAUCAGCGGCUUCAUCAACAUUCAGGGUGACCAUCCGGACUUUAAGAAUCUGUCCUAUUUCCGCAAUCUGGAGGUCGUCGGCGGCCGACAGCUGAAAGAGAAUCUGUUUGCGUCCGUGUAUAUUGUGAAGACGUCUCUUCAUUCUCUUGAACUGAAAUCUCUGAAACGGGUUAACUCCGGAGCCAUCGUCAUACUGGAGAAUGUUAACCUGUGUUUUGCACAGGGAAUCGACUGGUCUAAGAUUAAAAAGUCUGCCGAUCACGAAAGUGUGAUCAUGUCCAACAGGAAUACCACCGUUUGCCAAAAAGAGGGCAUGUUAUGCGAUGAUCAAUGUACCAGUGCUGGUUGCUGGGGAAAAGGACCGGAACAGUGUCUGGAGUGUAAGAAUUUCGUCUACAAGGGUAAAUGUCUCGACAGUUGCAAGAGUCUUCCGAAAAUCUACCAAGUCAACUCGAAGACUUGCGGUGAUUGUCACCAGGAAUGUUCGGACUCUUGUUACGGUCCCAAUGCCGACAACUGCGGAUCUUGUGUGAACGUCAAGGAUGGUAAAUUCUGCGUUUCGGAAUGCCCCGUAACCAAGUAUAACCUAAAUGGAACGUGCGUUUCCUGUCAUAAAACGUGCCUCGGAUGUACGGGACCAUUGGAUACAAUCGCUCCCGGUGGAUGUAUUUCGUGUGACCGGGCAAUUAUGCGUAGUGACGGUACCGUGGAACGAUGCCUAAUGAAAGAUGAAGCCUGUCCAGACGGCUACUAUAGCGAACGAGUCGAACAGGACGAGGGUCCACUGAAGCAACUGUCCGGCAAAGCGGUCUGUCGCAAGUGUCAUCCGCGGUGCAAGAAGUGUACGCAGUACGGAUUCCACGAACAGGUAUGUCAGGAGUGUGCAAGCUAUAAACGGGGCGAACAGUGCGAGGAUGAGUGUCCGAUCGAUCACUACGUAAACGAGGGAACGCGCGAAUGUCUGCCGUGUCACUUCGAGUGCCGCGGUUGUCGAGGAGCCGGCGAAGAUCAGUGCGUCGACUGUCGCAAUCUGAAGCUGUACGAUGGUGAUCCAACGGACAACUCGACCGCCUUCAAUUGUACCUCCAGCUGUCCGGCGAGUCACCCGUAUAAAAACUUAUGGCCGGAAAAUACCAGAAUCGGUCCGUACUGUUCGGCCGAACAGAUUCAAAAUGGAUACCCGCUGGAAGCGACGGCAAAACCAAUGGUAUUAAUUGGUGCUGUAGUAGGGAUACUCGCCGUGGGAUGUUUUGUGUUGUUUGCCUUGUUUUUGUACUGUAAACAGAAGAACAAGAAAGAAGCAGUCAAAAUGACAAUGGCUUUGGCUGGUUGCGAGGAUUCGGAACCUCUUCGACCGACCAAUGUUGGGCCUAAUUUGACAAAACUACGAAUCAUCAAAGAGGCGGAGAUUCGACGUGGUGGAAUCCUAGGUAUGGGUGCUUUCGGCCGAGUGUUCAAAGGGGUUUGGAUGCCAGAGGGCGAGAGUGUAAAGGUGCCGGUGGCAAUCAAGAUUCUAAUGGAAAUGUCUGGAGCUGAAUCGAGUAAAGAAUUCCUAGAAGAGGCUUACAUAAUGGCUUCAGUUGAGCAUCCGAAUUUACUGAAGCUCUUGGCAGUUUGCAUGACGUCGCAACUCAUGCUGGUUACUCAGUUAAUGCCUUUGGGGUGCUUGUUGGAGUACGUCCGAAAUAAUAAGGAUAAAAUUGGCUCCAAAGCGCUGCUAAACUGGUCUACACAAAUUGCACGUGGCAUGGCCUAUCUGGAAGAUCGACGAUUGGUCCACCGUGACUUGGCGGCUCGCAACGUACUGGUUCAUAAUCCUUCCAGCGUGAAGAUCACUGAUUUUGGACUUGCCAAGUUGCUGGAUUACGAUUCUGACCAAUAUCAGGCAGCGGGCGGUAAAAUGCCCAUCAAAUGGCUAGCUUUGGAGUGCAUUCGGCAUCGUGUCUUCACCAGCAAGAGUGACGUGUGGGCGUUCGGUGUUACUAUCUGGGAGCUGCUAACAUACGGAGCUAGACCUUGGGACAAUAUUCCAGCGAAAAAUGUUCCAGAACUGAUCGAGAAGGGACAAAAACUGCCGCAGCCUAGCAACUGUUCACUAGAUGUCUACUGCAUUUUGCUAUCCUGCUGGUUCGAAGUGGCUGACGCACGUCCAACCUUCAAAAGUUUGGUCAAAGCUUUUGCGAAAAUGGCAAGAGAUCCUGGCCGUUAUCUCGCUAUUCCUGGGGAUAAAUUUAUGAGACUGCCGUCCUACACUAAUCAGGACGAGAAAGAUCUGAUCCGCACACUUGCUCCAGCGGCAGAUCUUCCCGGAACUAUUGUCGAAGCCGAUGAAUACCUGCAGCCAAAGACAAGGCCUGUCAUGAUGCUUUCCCCUCAGUCCGCCGAGUCGGUCGGAGAACUGCCCAAAGGUCUUCGCUACAGUCGAGGCGCCCUCAAAGCGGACGACGAAACGGAUUGCAAUACCCGUGAAGUCGGCGUCGGCGGAAUCCGACUAAAUCUGCCAUUGGACGAAGAUGACUAUCUGAUGCCAACUUGCCAAAGUCAGGCACCGUCGGUGCCCGGUUAUAUGGACCUGAUUGGCGUCCCCGCUAGUGUUGAUAAUCCCGAGUACCUGAUGGGAUCGGCUGGUAGCAAUGUAAGCACCGGACUACCGACUCCACCGCCGACGAGUCCGAGUGCCAGCGGCAUCUGCAACAUCCCUCCCAGUCCCGUAUGUAGUAUAGCUCCCAGUAGCCAUAGCACGGUUAUCGUUAGCACCAAUCCUACCAUCCCUAUCACAACAAUCCCGAAUAACAACAAUAACAAUAAUAACACCAUCGUUGUUGCCAACAAUGUUGCCACUAAAGGAGAAGCUAUCCAGCUACAGCACACUACGCUCCAUGAGCCCCAAGCUGCGCCACCCACGCAAACUCUAGGGAUCCCGCUGUCCCCGACCGAAACGGAGACCACCUCCGAGCAUGAGUACUACAACGAUCUACAGCGUGAGAUGAUACCGUUACAUCGUAACGAAACCACUGUAUAGUGAAUUGGCUAGCCAACGUUAAUUUGUACAGAACUGACUAUUUUUUUUACCGUAAUAGCACUUCCGAUUCGAAAAUCAAGUUCGAAGUAAGGAGUAGAGUUUUGAUAACACACAAAACAGUUCAAAUUGUUUCAUAUAUCAUUAGUGCCUUCCCUAGUGCGUAUAGAAAAUUUCAAUCCUAGUUGAUAGUGGUGAAAACAAAGGAUCAAAUAGAACGUCGUGCCUUUUCCACGACUAAGCAGCCAGCUGAAGGGCAGGUGGCCACUUGUGUCAAUUGUAAAUAACUGAAAAUGGAGAUAUUUAAACGAGGAUGCUUAUUGUUUUAGCUGAAAAGCAACUAUACAUAGCUAGUACUUAUCAUAUGAGGUUUUUAGACUAUAUUAGAACGACAGAGCAACGGAACGGAACAGUUUGAGAUAAGUACAAUGAAUCAAGUUUAUUAUUUCGAAGUGAUAAGCUUAACGAAGAACAAAUAUUCAAAAUUGGAUUAUUUUUUGUGUAUUUCAUUUAAAACACCUGUGAUAUUAUGUUUAAUUACACUACUUUUUUCUGAUAGCAGGGUUCAAAAAAGAAAUAGCAUGUAGCUGUUAGGAAAAUAUUCGAUUUCAUGGUUAAAAAAUAUAUAUGUAUAUUCGCGAUAUAACGUCUAAUAACACAAGCAAACUAUACGCAAACGGUACUCCAUUUCCGUAAAAAACACAAACAAACUCUCUUAAAUUUAAAUAACAACAAACAUAUGUAAAUUUCGAAUCUCCUCCGUAAACUACAGCUGUAGAAAAUCACUGCUAACCGUAUCAAGUGUAAUACUUAUUUCAGGCCGCGUACUAUUCAUAUGACGUUUAAAAUUUAUUUUACCUAUAUAAAUACUGUAAGGCAAUCGUGUCAUUCGUAUAUAAACCGAACUUUAAAUGUUGUUCUACUUACUUAUUCAACGAAACGAAAAAACAAACGUUCACUGAACAAUGAAACACAGAAGCAAUAUCAAAUCGUGUGGUAGUCAAAAGCAGGACGAGUUGUACAUAGUUAUAGUUAAACCACACCUAAUCGUUAGUGGCUAAGGAAAGGAAGAAGAAAAAAAACUUGUAAAUUGUUAUAAUUCGUGCCAUGUUUCGUACAUGAAAGAAACUAAAAAUCGGUCUGAAAUCUUAAAGUAGCAAAUACGAAGCAUUUUCUUUACACGCGCGCUAGAGAAAAAUGUCGCAGGAGUGCAGCGCGUAAGUGUAAAAAUUGAACACACACACACCCACGUAAAAUACAACAAUAAUUCAACGAAACGGCACAAACUUUUAGUUAAAAUACUUUUUUUUUUGGUAAUUUGUUGAAGAUUUUAAGUUAUCAGUGUAUUUUAAAUCUUAGAA